GCUGUUAUCGAUCGCGGCCAAUUCUGACAAACUACAUUGAAAACGAGGAGAUUGCAUGUGUUUUUUGCUCAGCCAGAACUUACAACCAUAGAAAGAAAAAGAUUGUUGUACGGUGUUGCUGUCUUGAGUACGCCGGUUUCACAUAAUACACACUUUGUGCAAUUAAACAAAUUACCACAACGCAGUGAGCAGUGACAAAGGUGCAAGUUGCGGGUAGACAAACAGCUCACUUCACUGCACUCCCAUCUGCCUCACAGUCCGAAUGGAUUCCGACCCGGAGGUGGUGCUGGUGGAAAAAAUUGAAGAGGACGAAAUUUCUACAGAUAAAGACAGCGGUAUGGAAUCGGCCACCGGCAGCAAGGAUGAAACACCGGAACGCAAACCCUCGACCCCUGAAGAAGAGCCCAAACAAUCCGAACCCGUGAAACCGGCUGCUAUGCCGGAGGCAGCACCUGUCGCUGCAGCAUCCUCCUCAUCAUCAUCAGCAACCCCAGCACCGCCAGCUGCAGCAUCGCCACCAUCCGGACCUUCCUCUUCCCGGCCUUCCGCAUCCACCCCGCCGCAACCGACAAAGACAGUGGCACGCACAAGUGCAAACGAUUACGAUGACGAACCAGACGAGAGCCUGGGUGAACGACUUUGGGGUUUGACGGAGAUGUUUCCGGAACCGGUGCGCCAGUUUUCCGGCGCCGUAUCGGAUCUUACCGUGCGGAGUGUUAAGGGGCUGUAUUCGCUCACCUGUAAUGUGUCAUGGAUUUUCUUUACAAGUUCCAUGAUUCUGUUGGCACCGGUUGUGUUCGAAGUUGAGCGUGCCCAGAUGGAGGAGAUGCAAAAGUCACAACAGAAGCAGGUCCUGCUUGGACCAGGCACGGCCGUUGGUGGUGGUGCACCCGGUGGCAUGCCGGCGUUACCACCCAUGGCAGCGGCUCGAUAAACGUUAUUCACAGUAGCAGCAUCCAAUUUACCAGUGUUAGUGUUUUAGUGCCGCGAGUACGCCUUUUUACGUUUUUCUUUUCGCUUCUUGGCAUCUUCAUAGGAUUUGAUUUGCAAUAUAUCGUUUUCCCAGUUAAUACACAAAAAAACCGCAAAACGAAAAUUUGCCAACGAUUACGUGGCCCAUCACACACGUGCAUGAAUUAAACAAGCAGCUAGUUGCCUAAUAGAACAUCCGGCCUUAUCAAACAACCAAGCGGAAAGCCAUGUGUUUCUUAGUCGAAUACUACUUAAGAUGUUUGCAAUUCCUUUAUAAUCUUAGUAGAUGGGGCAUCAUGGGCAUAUUUUCCUUGUUCCCGAUUUCGCCACUGGCUUCUGGUCGUGCUGUUAAUUCGCAUCUCAAACAAAAGGUUUGUUUCAAGUCAUUUUGUUGCAUUUCGUAGAGAAUGGUGUUCCAUUUCUACCGACACAGCAGGAGUACAUUAUACAUACAUUAUAUCGCUUCGUUUAAAUAAGGAAUGUAGCUCUACGAGGAAAGAAAGCCAGACAAACCAAUAAACACACAGUCAGUGAGGUAUAGUGAAACAA